AUGUCCAGAGCCUACGCCCGACUUUGCUCCGUCCUCGCAACACUCCUCACGCCUGAUGUUAACAACAUUCCUAUGAAUGGUAUCUGGGCACGAAUUGAGUUCCCGGAGUUGGUGAGGACCACAAGCUUCGACCAUCCCCUUGGCCAGGUCGAAUCAGUCAGUGUUCCCAAUGCACUUCCCGGCCAUGCAUCUAUAAUCUUUAGGGUGAUUUCAAGACCAUAUAUGAUCGAACUAGACCGCUCUCUCCCCCCAGGCCUCAAUCUUCGCAAACACUAA